AUGGUGCUCGACUACAGUAAAUGGGACGCCUUGGAGCUGUCUGAUGAUUCGGACAUCGAAGUUCAUCCCAAUGUCGAUAAGCGCUCUUUCAUCCGAGCCAAGCAAGCUCAAAUCCACCAGCAACGCGAGCAGCGCCGUCAUGAGAUCAAGACCCUGAAGUACGAGCGCAUUAUCAACGAUGGACUUCUGUCGCGCAUUGACACGCUCCUUGCAUCUCUCAAAAAGCACGAAGACUCGUCAGCUUCCCCCGACGAGUUCAUUUUCUCUACCAUUAUGGAAUUCGCCAGCAACCCCGCCGAAGACCAAGCCCCCACUCCACCAGAGGGAGUGUAUACAAACGAGCCGGAACAGCCCAAGUUCUCGCAAAUGAUGAGCUCUCUGGUGGACCAGGUCAAGAAGGAGUUUGGAGACUCUAAGCCCGACAACCUUUUCAAGGCAUACAUCGAGGGUGUGAACGUACACUUGGAAAAGAUCCAGGGACUUCAAAAAGAAUUGCACACGAAGCUUGCGCAGCUUGAAAAGGAGGAAGGUGCCAAGAUUACCAGCGAUCAGCUGCAUGAAGGCUUCAGUCAAUCCCACGUUGCUAAGGUUGCCGAGAAAGAGAAGGCCGUGGCUGCUGCCAAAGCAGAGAGCUCCGUUGAGCUGCUGAACCCCGGCGCAGGAAGCUCCGCGUCCAAGGCUGACGAUGAAGGCGAUGAUGAAGAUCCUGCCGACGUGGAGAUCAGCCCUCUGGCAAAGAAGUUCGCCAACCUGAAGACUGGCGACUACAAGGCCUACCUGCAGUUCAUCUCAGCCAACCCCGAAAUUGUCGCCGAGAAAGAGACCGACGGUCUACUUGUUGAGGCUUUCAACAGCCAGCUCAAGGGCAAAGAAGACUACGCCCGUCAAUGCGUGCACCAAGGUCUGCUUCUGCAAUACUGCCGCUCGCUCGGCCGUGAUGGCAUCCAGCUAUUCUUCACUCGUAUUACCACAAAGGAUCACCGCGCAUCAACCUUGUUCCUCAACGAUGUCAACGAAACCUACGCUCGUAUUAAGUCUCGCUCCGCUGAACUGAGCAAAGAGGGCUCAGGCAACGACCCUGCAGGCGUGGAGCAGAUCCAGCUGCAUGCUGUCGACCCCAACACCAAGAUCACCAUCAACAUUCCCCCCGCUGACAGCAAAGACCCGACUGAGAUCGAAGUGCGCAAGAUCUUCGAUGCUUUCCCCCAGGAUCUGCAGAAGGCUCUUGAAACCGAGUCCUUGGACGAAGUCAACAAGGUUCUUGGCAAGAUGUCCGUCGAGGAAGCGGAGGUCGUUGUCGAGGCUUUAGGCAAUGGCGGCAUGCUCAGCUUGGAGGAGGGUAUCGUAGAUGCUACCACGGCUGAGGGUCAGAAAAAAUUCCAGGAACUAGAGGAAGAAGGGAAGGCUGUUGGCGAGCCCGGCGGCGAUGUUGCCGAGCUUGACUAG